AUGAUUUCUUUUACCGAUAAUCAUUUUAAAAGACUUAGUAUGAUCAGUAGUGUACCAUCAUCAUCCAAAGAUAGUGUUGAUUCUCAACUAUCAAUUAAAUUAUCUCGAUCAAAAUCAAAGUUAGAUUCAAUCGGUUACCAUAUAGAAAAAAAUUAUAGAGAAACAUCAUUAAAUGAACAAUCUAAAGAAAAAACAUAUUGUUCUGGACAAUUAUUAUUUUCUGGUCCCUUAAUUUUAUGUAUAAUUCUUUUAAUAAGUGGCAUUCUUCUUUUUAUUAUUGUUGGGCAAAAAAGUAACAAAUAUAGAAAAAAAGAAAAAACAAGAAUUGAAUAUAGAAAUUCAUUUAAUUCUACUGACAAUGAUAGUUAUAUACCAAUCUUAUGUCCAUUUAGUAAACCAGAAAAGAGUAUUCAAACAGAAUUCGCUUUGAGUGAACUAAAUUGUGCUCGUCAUCGCUCGUCUCUUAUUCAUAUGUAUUAUUUAAAUAAUUCUUAUCCUAUAAAUCCAGGUGAAAAAUUAAUUAUAAACAAUGUAAUCAAGCCACCGACUGUUCAACUUAACUUUGAGUUUUUAUCAAAACUAAAUUCAAAUUCAUUUGUUCUUAUAUUAAUCGAUCCAAUUCACAUCUCAACAGAUUUUGAUAGUGUUGUUCUUCAUUGGAUUCGAUAUUUUUCUUCAUCGUUAGAUGAUGAACAUGAUAUUUGUCAUUAUAAAUUUAUACAAGCUACAUCUAAUUUUCAUCAGCAAAAAAUUGUUUUACUCUAUGCAACAAAUUCGAGUAAGAUGAUGAUAAGAGCGAAAACAAUAUGUAACAGAAUGACAGAUUGGUUUCAAUUAACUGAUUAUGUCAUGUUUAUCAAACUCAAACUUAUAGGUGCAACACAUUUUUUACUUCGUUUAUCUGGCCAAACGUACGAAAAUGGCGCUUAG